GAGUUCGCUCCCAGCGUAUCCCAGUAUGCAUUGUAUAGGGCUAAUAAUCUUCCAAAAGCUAUUGCAGCAGCUCACACAUUUCUCCUGAAGCAUCCAGAUGAUGAAAUGAUGCAAAGAAAUAUGGCCUACUAUAAAAGUAUACCUGAUGCCGAGGAGCAUAUUAAAGACUUGGAGACAAAGCCGUACGAGAAUCUCUUUAUCAGGGCUGUGAGAGCGUACAAUGGUGAAAACUGGAGAACAUCUAUCUCAGACAUGGAACUGGCGCUUCCUGAUUUCUUCAAAGCCUAUGAUGACUGCACAGCAACCUGUGAAGGCUCCCGAGAGAUCAAAGAUUUUAAAGACUUUUAUCUUUCCAUUGCAGAUCAUUAUAUUGAAGUCCUUGCAUGCAAAGUGCAGUGCGAGAGUAAUCUGACACCCAUUAUAGGAGGCUUUGUUGUGGAUAAAUUUGUGGCCACCAUGUACCAUUACUUGCAGUUUGCUUAUUAUAAAUUGAAUGACAUGAAGAAUGCAGCUUCUUGCGCUGCUAGUUAUCUUCUGUUUGACCAGAAAGAUGAAGUAAUGAAACAGAACAUGGUCUAUUAUCAGUACCACAAAGACAAAUGGGGACUUAAAGAAGAGGAUUUUCAGCCCAGAUCGGAGGCAGUUCGAUACCACAACAUAACCACACUCCAGUUGGAAAUGUAUGAAUUUGCAAAGGAACAUCUGAUGGAUGAUGAUGAGGGUGAAGUUGUGGAAUUCCUUGAUGAGCUGUUAGAAGUAGAGGACAAGAAGGAGUCCUGAUGGCUGAAAUCACCGCAAAGUAUUUUACAAAAGUGAAGACUCCCCAUUGCUCCUUACUAUUGUUUUUGGUCACCUGUAGUUCCAGUUAGAUAUACCUCAAAGCCGGUCCUUUCAGCUCCA